GAAUAUACCUUUUAAUAAUCUCCUUCCUAUUUAAACCAAUCCUCGAAUCUAACUCCAUUUCUUCUCUUCUUCCCCAACUUGAAAACAAAAUCUGAGAAGAGUUUUCUUAAGAGAUUGAUUGAUUUUGAUAGAGAGAGUGAGGGAGAAAUAGCGAGAGAUGGACAACAAUGGAGUCAAACCUGCUGUUUCCGCCAUGGAAGCCUUCGAGAAGCUUGAGAAAGUAGGUGAAGGUACUUACGGCAAAGUUUACAGAGCAAGAGAGAAAGCUACUGGUAUGAUCGUUGCUUUGAAGAAGACGCGUCUCCAUGAGGAUGAAGAAGGUGUUCCUCCCACUACUCUUCGCGAGAUCUCUAUCUUACGCAUGCUCGCUCGUGAUCCUCACAUCGUUAGGUUGAUGGAUGUUAAGCAAGGAAUUAACAAAGAAGGAAAAACUGUACUUUACCUUGUUUUCGAGUAUGUUGACACUGAUCUCAAGAAAUUCAUCAGAAGCUUUCGUCAAGCUGGACAGAACAUUCCACAGAAUACAGUCAAGUGCUUGAUGUACCAGUUAUGCAAAGGCAUGGCUUUUUGCCAUGGUCAUGGAGUGUUGCACAGGGAUCUUAAGCCGCACAAUCUCUUGAUGGACCGGAAGACAAUGACGCUCAAAAUAGCAGAUCUUGGAUUAGCCAGAGCCUUCACUCUCCCAAUGAAAAAGUAUACACAUGAGAUUUUAACUCUGUGGUAUAGAGCUCCGGAGGUUCUUCUUGGAGCAACCCAUUACUCAACUGCAGUGGAUAUGUGGUCUGUUGGCUGCAUUUUUGCUGAACUAGUGACCAAGCAAGCAAUCUUUGCGGGAGACUCUGAACUCCAACAGCUCCUUCGUAUUUUCAGGUUGUUGGGAACACCAAACGAAGAAGUGUGGCCUGGAGUAAGCAAACUCAAGGACUGGCAUGAAUACCCGCAAUGGAAACCAUUGAGUCUCUCCACAGCUGUGCCAAACCUUGACGAGGCCGGAGUUGAUCUCUUAUCUAAAAUGCUGGAGUACGAGCCAGCAAAACGAAUCUCAGCAAAGAAAGCUAUGGAGCAUCCUUACUUCGAUGAUUUACCUGACAAGUCCUCUCUCUGAGGCUCUCUUUAUCAACUCUCAGUAGGAUAUUUUGUUCCAUCUCUGUCUUUGCUUGUCUCAAGCAUUUAUCUGCUAUCUUAGGAUGAUCGAAGUUUCAAUAUUCCCUUUUGAUUGGGUCUCUAUUCCCAAUUGUAUAACCUUCCAACAUUUUUAACAAUGAAAGAAUAUAUCAAUUGCUCUAAUAUUUCAAAGUA